UAAUCUAUUUUUAAAAUUUCCUCCAUUAAAUGGAGCUGCUUUAGCAGCUUAUCAACUAAAGGCAGAAGCUUCUCUGCUGUUCGCGAGCUUUGCUAAUGGAGAAGCUGGGUACUGUCUGUGUAACUGGAGCUACAAGCUACAUCGGUUCAUGGCUUGUUCAGAAGCUCUUGCAUAGGGGAUACAUUGUUCAUGCCACUCUCAGAAAUUUAGGGGAUGAAUCGAAGGUCCAGCUUUUGAAGAAACUGGAAGGAGCAGAUGAGAGGUUGAGAUUAUUUGAGGCAGACUUAUAUGAUGCGGAGAAGUUCGAGUUGGCUAUCAAUGGCAGCGAUUUUGUCUUUCUCCUCGCCUCGACUUACCUUCUCAACCCUAACUCUCAGUACAAGGACACAACAGAGGCUUCAUUGGCUGCUAUGCAUAUUAUAAUGGGAGUCUGUGAGAGAUCUGAGUCAGUUAAACGAGUCAUAUACACAGCUUCAAUUAUGUCUGCUUCUCCAAGAAAGGAAGACGAUUUUAGCUUCAAAAAUCUCAUUGAUGAAUCCUGUUGGACUCCCCUCCAUUGUCCCUUUGCUCAUGCUCAGAAAUUCGAGCAGGAUUAUAUUGGAUCAAAGACAUUGACAGAGAAGGAAUUUCUAGCCUACAACACAAAAAGAGGGAAAAGAAGAAUAAAAAUGGUGAGCUUAGUUUGUGGUCUUGUUGGAGGGAAUGGAAUUCUUGAGUAUAUGCCAGGUAGUAUUUCUGUUAUCAUUUCGCCCUUGAGUGGUCAGAGGCUUCCCUAUAAACGACUAAAGUUGCUUCAAGAAAUGUUGGGCUCAGUGCCUUUGGUGCACAUUGAUGAUGUUUGUGAAGCUCAUAUUUUCUGCAUUGAGCAUGAAAUCAUUUAUCAGAGAUUUAUAUGUGUUAGCCAUUGGCCAGUGAUGCAGGAGAUUGUUGAUUACUACAAGCACAAGUUUCCUAAUGCUCAAGUACUCAAAGAGGUUGAGGGAGAUAAAAAUGGCACGCUAUUCAAUUCUACCAAGUUACUUGACCUUGGGUUCAAGUACAAGUAUAGUAUGGAGCAGAUACUUGAUGGCAGCGUUGAAUAUGCGAGGAGAGUGGGUAGCCUUACAGAUCUUUGAGCUUUCUUUUGAUAAAUGGAUUCAUAGAAGACUUCUGUUCAUCAAAGGAGUAUGAGAUAUUUAAGAAAUAUAUAAAGCACGUGUAGGUAAAUAGUGCUUUGUUCUAUAAUUCUUAAUAUUGGCAUAAUUAAUCCGAUUAUGCAUUUAUUUCAGCAUAAUUUGUUGGAUCUGCAAAGCUUUACAAACACAUUAAUUUUGAACUUUAGUCAUUCAAAAUAUUCUUUUGAAUAUUCUGGUCAAUGUUAUCUGCCUUUUUUUUCUGACACUUCUUUUUAGUUGACCAGUGCUUCCCUUGAUUUUCAGUGAGCAAAAUGCAUACAUAAUGCUUAUAUUGUCUCUAUUUGUGCUCAAGUAUAGUUUUGAGGUCACUCUAGGUCUAUUGCAUUAUAUUGGCAAAGGUAUUGUGGGAAGACAUUUUGAUAAAUUGUAGAAAUUUAAAGAGCGUGUGAGAUUCACGACAUUAUUUGUUCUUAAAUUUCAGGCACAAAACGUUUUAAAAGAUAGAUUAUCAAGGAAAGAACUGAUAGAAAAACUUAUCAACUUGACUCAUCUCUGCCAACCUAAAUGAGUAUAAGAGUUAGAGUUCGUUUGGAACGGGUUUCUUACUGCUUCUUAAAUCAGUUUUCUAGUACAAAAAUUAAUUUUUUUUACUAGAAAGUUGCUUUAAGCAGCAGUAAGAAAUACAUCCCAAACAAAGCCUUAGUCUCUCUAGCAGUUGAGAAUCACCAGGCGAGUGUUACACUUUCUCUUGCUAGUGGAUCUUCUGCAUUUUGCUCAUGUGUGUCCCCUCUUCGGACUCCUAAAAGUUAUGUUGUUGUUGUGGGUUGUGGUCUUAUGUCUGCCUAUCCUCUUGUUAGUAGUAGCCUACAUUCUUCGGUGAUUUUCAAAGACAAUAUUCAACUACUCAACUUUUUGUCUUAUGAGGGCUUUCUAGCUUUAAUAAUCACUAAUAAUUAGCUGCUCAAUCUAAUUGACCCUUUUAGGCUUCGUUUGGGACAGUGUUUCAAUCUAUAACAUAGUGUUUCUAUAUAAACGCAUUUUUCAAUAAUCUGCUAGGAGACUAAAAUAAAUGCCCUCAUAUACUUAACCAAUUUCUACCUCAUAUUAGAACUUCAACCAAAGUUGAACCUAAAAUACAAAAGGAUCAAACCCAUUUUAAUUUAAUUAAAAAAAAAAAAAAACUUAAACCUAUAGGUAAGGUCAACUACCUAAUAGUUCUACUUCAACAUAUUUUUCAAUUAUUCGACACGAGAUUAAAUCCAGAAUUCUAAGGUGCCUGAACACGAGUGUUAUGAACUCAUCUUGAUGCUCUCAUUUUGUCUUUGGGUUGAUAGUGUAAAUCUUUAUGUGUAUGAGCACCAAUUAUAAAAUCAAGUUAAAUUUGUCUUUUAUGCAUUAUUAUUAACCGGUGAUCACAACAACAACAACAACAAGCCUUUA